AUGGCUGCAAAAAAAGGCGAGGGGCCUGCAAUCGGAAUUGAUUUGGGGACGACCUACUCAUGCGUGGGCGUGUGGCACCACGACCGCGUCGAGAUCAUCGCCAAUGAUCAAGGUAACCGCACGACGCCGUCCUAUGUCGCUUUCGCCAACGGCGAGCGUCUCAUCGGCGAAGCAGCCAAGAAUCAGGCCGGCGUGAAUCCCGCAAACACCGUCUUUGAUGCCAAGCGGCUGAUCGGGAGACGAUACAGCGAUGCCUCUGUGCAGGCCGACAUAAAGCUGUGGCCGUUCAAGGUUGUCCCGGGCCCCACUAAUAAGCCCAUGAUUGUGGUCUCCUACAAGGGCGAGGAGAAGCAAUUCCCCCCUGAGGAGAUAUCGUCUAUGGUCCUCACCAAGAUGGCCGCCAUUGCUGGCUCCUUUCUUGGCCCCACCCCUAUUCGGGAUGCUGUCAUUACCGUCCCAGCCUACUUCAGUGACUCUCAGAGACAGGGCACCAAGGAUGCUGGUGCCAUUGCCGGCCUCAAUGUCAUCCGUAUCAUCAAUGAGCCCACUGCCGCCGCCAUUGCAUAUGGCCUCGAUUACAAGGCAGCUGCCGCUGCUUGGGGAGAGAAGAAAAACGUGUUUGUCUUCGACUUAGGCGGUGGCACCUGCGACGUCUCCCUCCUGACGAUCGACAAGGGUACCUUCGAGGUGAGGGCCACUGCUGGCGACACCCACCUUGGCGGGGAGGAUUUCGACAACCGCAUUGUUGCUCACUUUGCUGCCGAGUUUCAGCGCAAGUACAACGAGGACCUCUCCGAAAACCCUCGAGCCCUACGUAGGCUAAGGACAGCCAGCGAGAGGGCAAAGAGGAUUCUCUCGACCAACAUUGAGACCACUACUGCGAAGACGUUAGUCGUAUCUCCACGCGUCACGUAUGAUCUUGAAGAAAAUCGUUGCUAA